AUGCUCGUCGCAGGAUAUGGCAGCGGCAGCGAAGACGACAGCGACAGCGACGCCCAAAUUUCUCAAUCUACUACCUAUCAUGCCUCAACAUCAUCAGAACCCUUUCUAACCUCUCAGCUUCCCGCUCCGUCCACGCCGAAAUUUACCGUUACUUCUCAACGAUCAUCUAACGUUACAGCCUCAGGCUCUAAACUGGCGUUAGCUGGUCUUACUCUGCCCGCUCCGAAGGCAAAUAAAGGCAAGAAGAGGAUAACAAUUGAUCUGCCAACUCUUUCACAGGAUGAAACUCGUGAGGAGGAUAUCCAACCGACAGCUAAGAAGCCCCGCAUUGGAGGCUCUGGAUCGUCUUCAUUGUUUUCCAUGCUGCCUGCUCCCAAGAAAAUUGGUCCUAUUCCGGCCGCACCCCAGCGUGUCCUUGGCGGGGGAAAAGGACCAGGACUUGUGUUCAGUGAUUCUCGAAGCCAGGCUGUGACUGUGGAGGAGGUUGAUGAAGAACUCGAAGCGUCGGUCGAUCACCCAGAGUCUACAACAACUAGCCACCCCUCUUCCAAUCUUUUUUUACCGCCAUCGCUAGGAAAAGGAAGGAAAAACAUCUCAGUAGAAGAUCCCACACAAUCGAUCACUCGUCCCAAGUCGAUUCCCAAACCACCUCAGUCUACCACCACCACAGACGCCCCCCCAUCAAACAUGAUAGAUCUAAGUGCUUCACUAAGAUUGGGCUCGUCGAAAGCCCAAAUCAGCCUUCCUUCAGUAACGUCCGCUCCCAAAGUCGACGACUUUUUACCUCCAGAGCCGACACAGACAGAUCCAUAUCCCGGAUAUUAUGUGCUUCCGUCCGGAAAAUGGGCUGCAUACGACACUGAAUACUACCAAAAGUUCUACAAGAAGUGGAAGGCCGACUACGAUGCCCAUGUCCGUGCCCUAGAAAAGAAUAUGGAGAAAGGGUUCGAAGGUGCAGAAACAGGUGAGACUCAAGAGGUCAACGCAAUGCGGGAGAUGGAGAAGGCGAAGGUAGAGAUCAAGGAGCGAGAAGAGAAGAAGGCGCUGACUCAAGGCGCCGAUGGUGCUCCCGCUGCCCCGAAAAUGAACAUCAAGGGCGCUAAACUGGGUGGAAGGGCUCGAUCUCGACACCAGCUUACUACUUUACUCACGGAGGCAUACGAGAACCGUGAGGCUUUGGAGCAGAGGAUUGCAGAUGGCCGGAGGAAUCGAAAGGAGGCUGGUAAUAAAUACGGUGCGUGGCAUUGUGCGAAUCAUCUUCGUGUCUUACCUUCCUGCGGUUGA